AUGGAUCCUAAUCUCGCAGAAAGCCAACUUGCCUAUCAUGGACUUCAAUUGAAAUCGAAUGACAUGGAUGGAACGGGUGUUGAUACAGGAUUGGCGCAAACUGAUCAGAUCAAGGCGCUGAUCAGGACCUUUCUUGAGGAUAUAGACUUUGAUCGCAGCAUUGCCGUGAUCCAAGACCCUGAGAUGAGAAUCGCUGUUUGGCAGCACUUCAGAAAUCUGGGCCUAGGAGAGAAGACUGAAAAGUCGGUCCAACAGACCCUCGAUCCUUCGGUAAACUUUGCAAAAAUGGGCUAUACCUCUCUUCCCUUCCAGGUGAGGGUGCUAGCGGCCAUUCAAUUCCUGUAUAUGUUCCUAGUGGAUGAUGUGGCGGACGAAUGCAUAGAGGAUUUUCAAGCAUUUGGUCAACGAUUUACCCUGAAUCAACAUCACAAGCAGCCUCUCCUGGCUGGGUUAGAUUGUCAUCUUCGCAAUCUAUCGCAGUAUUUCGGUCCAUACUGCCACUCUGUGAUAGUUAAAGGCAUGCUAGAUUUCAUCAAUGGCCGAGUCAUCGAGCAUAAAAUCAGACAGUCCGGUUUUAGGUUCUCUUUCAAUUCCCGCCUCACGCCUAUGCUCUUGAGAACUAAGGUCGGCGGUGGAGAAAUCAUGGUCUAUUUUCUCUAUCCCAAUUCCGUCUUUCCCGAAGAGGAAUACCUUGUGCAAUAUUUUCCUAUCACCCUGGAACUUGUGCUCUUCAUUGACUUCACCAAUGAUAUCUUGUCGUAUUACAAGGAGUUCUGUCUCGCGGAUGAAACGGGAAAUUUCGUGGCGAAUCUCGCGGACACGCAUCAUGUCCAGCAUUUGGAUGUCUUGCGGUAUCUCACGAGCUAUGUCCCCGAUGUCACAAAGUCAGCUUAUAGACAGGUUCAGAAUAGUCCACCGCUGCUCGCUUUGAUUAAGAAUUUCACCCAAGGAAUGAUCAUGCUCUUCACAGCACACCGUCGAUACCAACUUGUCGAAUUGUUUGCGGACGAGCAAUAUUUGCUACCUUAUGAGGUGAAUGCAUAG